AUGUUUGGACUGAAGGACACAAAACAGAGUAAUAUCUAAAUUUUGCAAAGACAAUUCGAUAAUAAAAUGGUUUGGAAAGAAGAAAAAAAACAAGUCCAUAAACGACAGCGUUUUAGAAAGAGUGUUGAAACGAAUAAUUAGGCCAACGCGAGUGUAAGCGGAGUGGUCAAGCGUGACAUGAGCCUUCUAAAAAAAGGCAUUGUGUUAGUUAUAAACUCUCAUGUCAUACACUUACUUGUUUCAUGUUUACUAUAAAUUGGAUCACAAAGUUUCAAACUCUUCAUCAAUCGUUUUUCAAUUCAUCCUCUUAUAACAAAAAAAAUGAAAUUCUUGCUUUACCUUGUUAUGUUCAUUCUCCUCUUAAACGGUUUUGCAACUGCACAAUCUCUGAUUCGACAUUCUUGCAAGAAAGCUUCAGCAAACGACCCGAAACUCAAAUACGAUUUCUGCGUCAAGUCCCUCAAAGAGCAUCCGCAGAGCAAAACCGCAAAAAGUCUGGAAGAAUUGGUCUUUGCAUCGACGAAGAACGCUGUGUCGAAAACGAUAAGCUUGAAAGAAAUGGUUAACAAGAUUCUCAAGGAGGAUAAAUAUGAAGUGGAGACGCCGCUACGCAAUUGCCUCGAGCUUUAUACAGGCGCUAUUGAUUUUUUAAACCAAUCUUUAGACACCGUUAAGUCACGUGAUUACAAAGUCGCUACCAUGCUUAUGAGUUCUGCGAUGGAUGCAACGGGCGAUUGCGAAUCUGGAUACACAAAAAGAAAAAAGCCUCUGAAAUCUCCAUUUACAAAAGAGAACGAUGUCUUGUUUCACAUGGUUCUGAUUCCUAUAGCUUUUACAAAUAUGUUAGAUAUUUAAGUACCAAAAGCGCUUUAAUACAUAGGUUAAAGGUAA